GUUUCUAUCCCGUGAUUCAUUGCGAAAGCCCGUGAACCCGGCUGCUGCAGUGCGCUCCGACGGCGCUGCGGCUGGUGGUAGCAGCGCGGCGCUCUCUCCCUGCACACUCUUUGUUGUUUGCUGUCUUGACACACCUUUUGUUGUCUCGUCUGCUCCCCUCGCAGGGACCCAGCAGCUAGCCACAGCCGGCUAACACAAAGCUAGCUCCACAGCAUCACCAGCACCGACACAAACUGCCCGCACACCGCGCUGCUGCCGCGGGGGAAAGAGACACCGAGCUGCCGAGGAGCAAAGAGACGACGGUCAGCCGCCCGCCAGGAUGAGUGGUGAUGACAUGAACCCAGCUGCGGCACCACAGCCUGUAGAGGAUGUUCAAGGAGACGGGCGGUGGAUGUCACAGCAUACCAGGUUUGUGCAGGAGUGUAAGGAUGCCGAACCAGACGUGCUUUUCGUGGGCGACUCGAUGGUACAGCUCAUGCAGCAGUACGAGAUCUGGAGGGAGUUGUUCUCUCCUCUUCAUGCUCUAAACUUCGGCAUAGGCGGCGACACCACCUGUAAUGUGCUGUGGAGGCUGCAGAACGGAGAGUUGGAGAACAUCCGGCCCAAGGUGGUGGUGGUUUGGGUAGGAACCAACAAUCACGAGCACACAGCAGAGCAAGUGGCAGGGGGAGUUCUUGCUAUUGCACAGCUACUCACCUCGCGCCUCCCCAAGGCGAAGAUCGUUGUCUUGGGUUUGUUGCCUCGAGGUGAGCGGCCGAACCCCCUGAGAGAGAAGAAUGCAGCUGUCAACGGGUUCCUGCGCUCCUGGCUGCCACGGCUUGGCCAGGCUCAGUUCCUGGAUGUGGGCGGGGAGUUUGUCCACUCUGAUGGCACCAUCAGCCCACAGGACAUGUUCGACUUCCUCCACCUGACAUCAGCGGGCUACCGCGCCGUGGCCAAGCCCCUCAGCGACCUGCUGCUGCAAAUACUGGAGGAGACACCAGAGGAGAGACGGGCGUCGCUGGUCUGAGAGGCCGAGCAGAACAUUUUCAGCCAGAGGCAUGUCUCACCUACUGCUGCGGGUGUGUGGGGAGACAUGCCUCUGGUGGCCCAAGGAGAGAGAGGGCUCACUCAUAGGAGGAGAGGGAGGGAGAGAGAAGAAGGCCCCCUGGUAUAGGUGGGUCCACAAGAGGGAGCAUGGGAUCACAUUCAUGAGUUCAGGGUUGGGUGUGGAGAGGUGCCAAAGAGGGAGAGAGACCUCACUACAGACUUAGACACUGUGAUCACAGUAGAACGCACUUUUGAAAAGGAUUUUUCAAGGUUAGGCGUUUUUGAAGCACAGACACAAAUAUGCUGAUAUUGUGGGAGACUGCAGUGACACGCACAAACAAAUAUAUACUUAUGUAGGCCUUUGGAUAGCAAAAACAAAAGAAUGAGAGUUCCCUAUGUGGAGAAAUGCACUUAGGAACUAGUAUUUCUUUCUGUCACCUGAAAAAAGGGUAGUAAGAAUCUCCUUCAAAAGCCUUCAGUAUAGUACAAUGAAACACAACACCAUUUAUUGUCCUUCAAGAAAUUAAAUUCACAAAGGCCAGUGCAGAAAACAUUGUGGACAUAAAAAUUAACAGUGAGAAACAUAAAACAGCAGCACAGUUGGCAGAGCAUUAUCCAACAUUCACCAAACCGUUGAGUCUGGACAAUUUGCUUGCAGAGAGGCUGCUGCAGAGAACAGAACAGUGCACAUCCUGCAUGACAGUGGGCGAUGUGUAAGACAUUCACAAUUGGACAGUCUUGUGUAAAACACAGCUAUGCCCAAUAGUGAGCGGCAUGUAAAAAUCAUAUGCACAUUGACCAUGAUCACAGAGUCGCUUAGGGUAUUUGCUUAUGUAUAGUAUUACAUAUAGUAUUGACAGAUUUGCUGUUGAAAAUCAGCUUCCUAAAUACAAGGUCAGUAAUCUUAUUAAGCUAACCCAAUUCCACUGCAGCGUCACCUGGAACCAGCUGUCAACUGGAUAGUCAACUCAAACUUUAUUCGUUUCGUGCAAGAAAAGUGUGACAGCGCUCCACGAUGCUAUGACAUUCCUAUUAUCUGCGUCCAAACACUGUAAAUAUUAAUAAUCACUGGACAUGCAUCACUUGUGUAGGAUGUGGGCGAAAGUUUCUGGCUUAAGCGCGAGCAAGCAUCAGCAAAAACCACGCAUUCGUACAUAUUCAUAAGUGAUGUUACAUAAAUGGAAGUAGGUAUGUGAUAACAAAGCUUUUGCAAACUGUAAUCAUCCUCACAUAUAUGGCUUCUAUCACAUCUGUCACAUCACAUUUGUGGAAUACUGUUUCACCACAUGGAUCCAUACAAAUCUAUCAUGACAUGUAAAUGAAAAUAACAUAAGCUAUUUAUUUUUUAAUAUGCCUAAAUGCUAAAAAAAGAGUCAUAGACCACACAUUCCAAAAGCAUUACUUUCUCAACAAAUGAGCUAUGAUUCUAUUGAUGCACACAAAAUGAGAUUUAUUUCCAGUGUGGGUUUUAUAAAAGGAGAGACGUAGAUCAUUGUCAGUGUUUCCAUAUGUGAUCUUGAGUAAAAAAUAAAUGCACAGAGUUGUUGGAUACGACCUGCCGUUGCUGGCAAAAGAUGUUUCCACUGCUACAGUCUGGAUAUCAGAUAACAAGAGAUUUUUUAAAAUAGGAAAAGCAGUUCCAAAUAAAGCCAAUGUUUUCAGUGUCCGUGCUAGUUCCCCUCUCUGACUUUGUUGUGUUUGCACUGUCUUUCAGUGACACUGCAGGACAACAGUGUAUUUUUUUUUUUUUUUUUUUUUUUUUUUUUGAAACAGAUCAACCAAGAAAAGCAGAUCAUUAGCACCAGUGGAACCCCUUUCAUUGUGCAUCACUGAUCCAAAAGUUAGAAAUUAAUUAUGACCAAUGUAAAAGUUUCUUAUUGAAGCCACUGAAACAAAUUUGGCUUGCCCUACAUCUGCCCACAACACUAAUAAAGCCUAGUGUGAUACAUUGUCAGUAAACGUUGUCUAGCAUAGGCUCUCUCUCCCUCUCCCUCCUUAAUACUUGGAUACUACAUUUUUCCUCUUUCUUCCAUGCCAACACACCUCCUCAUUCUGUUUUUGAACCACUCUUUAUCUCCGUUCCUGUCAUGUUGUACGUGUAGUUGGUUCUCACCCAGCCCCUCCACCCCCGGCACCUGCCUUCUAGUACAUGGUAUGGUUAUUGAGUAUUUUUAGAAGUAAAAAUAGCAUCACGGUUAAGCUACCGACACAGCUAUAUAUUGUCUACAUCACGCUAAGCACUAAGAAGCUAUCACAGGUCACGUAAAGAAUAUCAUUUGUCUGUGAGCUUAAUACUGUAGCUGUUUCUUCAUGGCGCGGUUCUGUUGGAAGUUGGUGCAAAGAUCCUCUUGUUGAGCAUCAGAUUACAACAACACGACUGCCGCCAUAAGCUCUGCACAUUUGUGUGCUAUGUUAAAUAUCUCUGUUACAGUGUAUGUGUGUGUGCCUUAAGUGUUCCUGGGGAAAAGUUGUGUAUGUCUGUUACCCGGUCAUGUAAGUUGGAUGUGUGAGUGUCUAGAAGCGACCUCAGUUGUAUAUAACAAAUGUGACGCUUGAAUAGAUGAUCUUGAAGGGGUCUGGAUUGCAGGAGAUUGCGGUGCAAUACAGUUCUUGCACAGAUUUGGCUAAUUGUCACAUGCUGAUAAGGUAAAGCAUUCCAAUAAAAACCAUGGAUCUAA